AACAGAAUGUUAGUGCUGAGAUUGAGCUUCCAGAAAAAAAACCUUGCAAACUUCUUCAUCCAGGAGGACAAACACACUGCUGAGCUUCAUAACAUCUAUAUCAGUUCCAGAGUUCAAUCUGAUGCUGGAGUAAAGAAUCUUUUUUCUUCUGUGAAACUGAGUGAUUCCACAAUCCUGAUCUGCUGAACUCCUCACAGACAGGAUCACAGAUGGAGAAUUCAGCAUUUGAGAAGACUAAAGAUGAUCCUCCACUGUACGAGGAGACGUCGUUCUCUGGGAACGGUUAUGGAAACGUGGACCAUCGCCCUGUCAGGCCAUCCGUGGUGAGUGCCUUCGGCCACAACACGCUGGACAGAGUGCCGAGCAUCGACUUUUACCGCAAUGCCGGGAGUGUGAGCGGGCAGAGAGUCAUCAGACCUUCACUGCAGGAGCUCCAUCAGGUCUUCCACAAGAAUGGAGAUAUGGAUAUGCCACACAUGCUCGAUGAUAGUGAAGGGAGUGAUGUUGUACAGGGUGAUGAUCUUGAAGCUCCUCCAGCUCCAGAUAACUCCGGGGGUGUGGUUAAAUUUGGCUGGAUUAAAGGAGUUCUGGUGCGAUGUAUGCUGAAUAUUUGGGGUGUGAUGCUUUUCAUUCGUCUCUCAUGGGUUUUUGGACAAGCAGGAUCAGGUCUGGGGAUUAUUAUUAUUUUACUCAGUAUGGUGGUCACUACACUCACCUGUCUGUCCAUGUCAGCCAUUUGCACUAACGGAGUCGUACGAGGAGGAGGAGCGUAUUAUCUGAUCUCACGCAGUCUGGGGCCGGAGUUCGGCGGCUCUAUCGGUCUGAUCUUCGCCUUUGCUAACGCGGUUGCCGUGGCGAUGUAUGUAGUGGGGUUUGCGGAGACAGUGGUGGAUCUGUUUAAGGAGAAUGACGUCAUCCUGGUGGAUGAAGUGAACGAUAUCAGGAUCGUGGGCUGCAUCACUGUAGUGUUACUGCUGGGGAUCUCUGUAGCAGGGAUGGAGUGGGAGGCUAAGGCUCAGGUUGUUUUGUUGGUGAUUCUCCUGGUUGCCAUAGCGAAUGUGUUUGUGGGGACAGUGAUUCCCUCCACCAAGGACAAGCAGAGCAAAGGCUUCUUCAACUAUCAAGCGUCCAUCAUGGCUGAGAACUUUACUCCAGAAUUCCGAGAUGGAGAAACCUUCUUCUCCGUCUUUGCCAUCUUCUUCCCAGCAGCUACUGGAAUUCUAGCAGGUGCCAACAUUUCUGGAGAUCUGAAGGAUCCCCAGGAUGCUCUUCCCAUUGGCACACUUCUGGCCAUCUUCAUCACAGGAAUAACCUAUCUCGCCAUUGCGCUUUGUGUGUCUGGUACGGUGGUGCGAGAUGCCACAGGAAAUGUGAACGACACCAUCACAAUGGGUUCCAGCUGCAAUUUCUCCUCCGCCUGCAACUUCGGUUACGACUUCUCCUCAUGUGCACACACUAAGUGCCAAUACGGCCUGAUGAACAACUUCCAGGUGAUGACAAUGGUAUCUGGAGUUGGUCCCCUCAUCACUGCAGGAACCUUCUCUGCUACUCUCUCCUCUGCACUCGCCUCCCUGGUCAGCGCUCCCAAAGUCUUCCAGGCUUUGUGUAAGGAUAACAUCUACAAGGCGCUGCACUUCUUUGCUAAAGGUCACGGUAAGAAUAACGAACCAAUCCGAGGCUACGUGCUCACCUUCCUCAUCGCCGUGGCCUUCAUCCUCAUUGCUGAACUAAACGUCAUCGCUCCCAUCAUCUCUAACUUCUUCCUGGCCUCCUACGCGCUCAUUAACUUCUCCUGUUUUCAUGCCUCUUAUGCUAAAUCUCCAGGUUGGAGGCCGGCGUAUAAGUACUAUAACAUGUGGCUGUCUUUGUUCGGGGCCUUGUUGUGCUGCGCUGUGAUGUUUGUCAUUAACUGGUGGGCUGCACUUCUGACAUAUGCUAUAGAGAUCUUCUUGUACAUUUACGUCACGGUCAAAAAGCCAGAUGUGAACUGGGGCUCCUCUACACAGGCCGUGACCUUUGUGAACGCUGUGAACAAUACCCUCACUUUAUCAGGAGUCAAUGACCAUGUGAAGAACUUCAGGCCUCAGUGCAUCGUGUUGACUGGAGCUCCUAAAAGCCGUCCGGCUCUACUGGACCUCGCUCAUUCCUUCACCAAAAACUUCGGCCUCUGCAUCACCUGUGAAUUGUUUGUGGGUCCUACUACAGAGAGACAGCAGGAACUGAGUGAUUGUAUGGAACAGAAUCAGUUGUGGCUCAAUCAGCAGAAGAGGAAAGCGUUUUACACUGCUGUAGCAGCCGACAGCUUUCACCAUGGAGCCCGGAGUCUGUUACAGGCAUCAGGGUUGGGGAGACUGAGACCAAACACACUGAUGUUGGGGUUUAAGAGAGACUGGAAGACAGCAAACACUGAAAAUGUACAGGCAUAUGUCAGAGUUCUGCAUGAUGCGUUUGAUUUUGAAUAUGGGAUGGUGAUGCUGAGAAUUAAUCAGGGGCUCGACAUCUCACACAUCCUCACAGCUCAAGAGGAGAUGGAAAGAAUGCUCCUGGAGCAGCAGGUGAUGGAGAUGGAGGAAUCGGGCUUUCAGGAAGGAGAUAAAGGGUUUUUUAGAAGAUACAGAAAGUCGAAUAAAGAGCCGACUCCUAAAGCUGUGGAAUUGCCCCAGUCCUCAGAUAUGAUGAAGAUGAACCAGCGUUUGAUGGAGGCCAGCUCUCAGUUUAAGAGGAAGCAGGAGAAAGGAACCAUUGACGUGUGGUGGUUAUUUGAUGAUGGAGGUCUGACUCUGUUACUGCCCUACAUACUGACCACAAGGAAGAAGUGGAGAGAUUGUAAACUACGUAUCUUCAUCGCUGGACAACUGGAAUGUGUAGAGCAGGAGAGAGAAGCAAUUCAGUCAAUGCUGAAAAGAUUUAGAAUCAAAUGCAUGAACAUUACCAUCAUAACAGACCUCCACAUCAAGCCUACAUCAGAGAAUUGGAAGUUGUUUGAGGACAUGAUUGCACCGUUCCGGCUGUAUGAAGGUUCUAAGGAGACGGUUCAGGCUGAAGCUCUGAGGAAGGAAAAUCCCUGGAAGAUCACAGAUUUUGAGCUGGACCGCUUCGAGGAGAAGACGAGUCUUCAAGUGCGUCUGAAUGAGUUACUGCAGGAGAGCUCCAGAGCUGCUAAACUCAUCAUAGUGAGCAUGCCCAUUGCAAGGAAAGGUUCUGUAUCUGAUCACCUGUACAUGUCAUGGUUGGAGGCUCUGACUAAAAACCUUCCUCCGACUCUGCUGGUGCGCGGAAACCACAAGAGCGUCCUCACCUUCUACUCAUAAAGGCUGUGUUCCAAUCCCACUCUGUCUCCACUCACACCAGUGUCUCUAAAGUGUCUGUGAAAUGUAUUUAGGGCACAGCCCAUGAACACACUGCUUCCCUCUAGUGGAAAGCUAGAUCAAUAACAAGCUUGUGCGCGUGUGUGUGUGUGU